AUGGCCGAUGUACAAAGUGCGACCGCAUCCAAACCAAACCCUAAGCAGCCCACACGCAUCCACUCUCCUCGAACUAUGACGUCCAAUCCUGUCCAACGCAUCCAACAACUCUGGAAUGGUCUAAAAGAUCCUCAAACACAGAAGACCAAUGAUCCACCCGUAUUACCCUAUUUCACAGUCAAGACAACCAAAACAAAUCCCACUAUCAAACCCAUGACCAUCUAA